CCUAGAGGUACGAGGUCUGUAGUUUACCCGAACCCAUUGCAGGCAGCCUUGCAGCACUAUUCCCCAGUAGCACAACAAACCCCUCCCAGUCCCGGGUAUUGAUGGCAAACAGCAAAUACGAGUAUGUCAAGUCUUUCGAGGUUGAAGACGAGAUCAUGUUCCCUAAUCUCAUCGUUGUCCGAAUUGGAGACCGCCAUUUUCAAAGAUUCAGUGAAGUUCACGAAUUCGAGAAGCCAAACGAUGAGAAAGCUUUGAAAUUGAUGAGCUUAUGUGCUACUUUGGUUUUACAAGAAUACCCUGAUAUUGUCUUCUCUUUUGGCUUCAGUGAUGAAUAUAGUUUUGUUUUCAAGCAGACGACUAAGUUCUACCAGAGACGAGCCAGCAAAGUGGUUUCCAUCAUCGUGUCUUUCUUCACUUCCGUGUAUGUCACAAAAUGGAAAGAAUUCUUCCCUGAGAAAGAAUUGAAAUACCCUCCUUCAUUUCAUGCCAGGCCGAUUGUCUGUGCAUCCCUUGAGGUUCUACAAGAAUAUCUUGCGUGGAGACAACAGCAUUGCCAUAUUACCAACCAGUAUAACACUUGUCUUUGGGAGCUUGUUAAAAGUGGCAAGACUGAAAAGGAAGCGCUUGAAAUUUUGAAGGGUACUCAGAAACAAGAGCGAAAUGAGCUUCUCUUUCAACAUUUUGGUAUCAACUACAGAACUCUUCCUCAGAUGUUUCGUCAGGGUUCUUGUGUUCUCAGGACAGAGGUAGAAGAUAUUGUGAAGUACAGUGAGAAUGGAACUCCUAUUAAAAGAAUGAGGAGGGAUAAAACAACAGUCCAUUCAAAGAAUAUUGCUGGGAGAAGUUUUUGGAAUGAGCACCAAAGUCUUCUUAAAGAGCUGGGUGGUUUUACUAAGGAUGUUGGCAAAAUUAACUCAGAUUACAUUAGGUCUUUCCUUUUUGAAAGCAAAUUGAUGGCAUCCACUUGGAUUGUCAUUAGAAUUGAUGGAUGCCAUUUUCACAGAUUUUCUGAAGUUCAUGACUUUGAGAAGCCAAAUGAUGAGCAAGCUCUGAACCUUAUGAAUUCAUGUGCAGUGGCUGUUCUACAAGAAUUUGCAGAUGUUGUUUUUUCUUAUGGUGUCAGUGAUGAGUACAGCUUUGUGUUGAAGAAGGAUUCUCAGUUUUGCCAAAGGAAAGCAAGCAACAUCGUGUCUAUUAUGGUAUCAUUCUUCACUUCAAUGUAUGUGAUGAAUUGGAAAGCAUUCUUCCCCCAGAAAGAGUUGAAAUAUUGUCCGGCUUUUGAUGGAAGGGCUGUAUGCUAUCCAUCAACUGAGAUUCUACGAGAUUACCUGGCAUGGAGACAAGUUGAUUGCCACAUAAACAACCAGUACAAUACUUGUUUCUGGAUGCUUGUUAAGUCUGGAAAAAGCAAAAGUGAAGCUCAACGUACUUUGAAGGGAACUCAAGCACAAGAGAAAAAAGAAAUGCUUGCUUGGUUUGGUAUUGAUGACUACAAUGCAUUACCAGUCAUGUUUCGGCAGGGUUCUUCUGUUUUCCGGGAUGGCAUGGCCCCGAAUGAAAACGGAGCAGCUGGUGAAAAACCUUGUUACAAAGUAAUUGUAGAACAUUGUAAUAUAAUUGAGCAGAGCUUUUGGGAAGAACACCCAGGCAUCCUUGGAUAGGAGCAUCGAACUCUCUAUUUGUGCAACUUUGAAAGCUCCAGAAUUCAUUAUUCAUGUCUUCAUGAAAUUGCUGUCCAUGUAUCAGCAGUAGGUUCUGGAACUCUUACCUUGCUGACUUGAAAUAUUAUCAUUUUGUGUCUACAGCAACGAGAGAGAGGACUCGGGUAAAAGCUAGAAGUGAUCUGCGAAGCUGCCUGUGGAAAUUUUCGGUUUCGUUAUCCGUACACGAGUUUUCUAAGAGCAUAAUUUUGCUGAUAAUGUUAUAAGUUCUACAUAAACCAAGAUCUCCAGUAUGAGUUACAUGCACCCUUGAAAUGAUUUUGUUUGUGUA